AUGCAAUCAUGUUUGAUCGAUUUAUUAUUGAGUGCAUAUUUAACUGAACGUUCACAAUCAAUCGAUAUAUCACGUUUAAAAUUACCGAGCAUAACACAAUCACAAAGUGCUCUUUUAUCAUUGGAAACUAUUUAUCUUAGUAUUCAACAAUCGUCAUCAUCUAAUCAUAAUAAUGAUCAAACUCAGCAGCAAGAAGAUGAUGAAAACGAUGAAAAAAUUAUUGGUAAAGAAAAUAAUGAAUCAUCUCAAAUAAGUAUAACUGUAUGUGAUGAAGCUAAAAGUUUAAAACGUCAAUUUUCAUGUAAUCGUUCAUUAUUAAUACGUGAAAUGCGUUAUUUUGCUGAUUAUUUAAAAGAUGAACCUGAUCAAGUUGAAGAAGUUGAUAUAAGUGUUCAUUGUGAUUUAGAUAUAUUUCAAUGGUUAAUGUCAUUUGUUAAUCGUCGUUCAUCAUCAAAAGAACCUGAAUUAGAACCACGUGUAGCUGUAUCCAUAUUAAUUUCAUCGGAUUUUCUUAAAAUGGAUAAACUUGUAUUCCAAUCAUUAGAUUAUAUUCAUAUACAUAUGAAUGACAUAUUAGCUACAAAUUGUAAUGUAUCAUGUAUUCCUGAUCCAUUGUUUCGUCAAUUAGCUAAACUUUUUGAGAAUCCAUAUGAAAUUGAAUUAAUACAUGAUAGAAAAAAUAAAAUUCGUGGAAAAUUAUUUGAAUGUAAUCUAGAACAAUUAUUAAAUGAUAAUAAAAUAAUACGUUGUCAAUAUUGUCUUACAAUAAUGACUACUGAACAAAUGGAAGAUUUACCUUGUUUAACAGAUCGAUUAAUUUUAAGACCUAAUGGAAAAUUUUAUUUUCAACAUAAAAUUGAUCCUAAAUUUGAUAUUAAUCUAUGGGUAAAAGAAAUUCAUACACGUGGAGAAAAUUCAUGGAGAAAUACGUUUUGGAUUGUUUGGUUACAUACUCAUGGAGAUCAUUGUGCACGUUGUAAUUCAUAUUUUCGUUUUAUUGAUUUUUCAACAUGUCCUUAUCAUCCACUUUCAUCUAUAACUGAUGGUAAACAUGAUUGUUGUUCACAGUUAAUUAGUACAUUUGAUAUUUUUCAAUCAAAUAUUCGAGAAACUGGUUGUCAAAAACGUGAACAUGUUUGUCAAAUACAGAAUUAUUUAUCAGAAAUCUAUGAAAAUUUAGAUAAAGCUGAACUUGUUAAACAUCAUCCAUCAUUUCGAAUUUCACGUAUUAAUCCAAAUUAUACAAAUGAAAUGAUUAGUAAAGUUGUUGAACAAUCUAUAUAUGGUUCAUCAAAUUCAGAAGUAAAAAAACAAUCAUUACGUGCACAAUGGACGCCUUUAAUUGAUGCCCAACCAUAUGGAUCAGAUAUAAAAUUUGCUUGGGAUGCAACAAAAUCUACUCGUUGGAAUCAAGAUACACAACGAGAAGAUGAACAUCGACGUUUUGAUGAAAUGCUUCGUUAUAUGCAAUUAAUACAACAAAAUAAUAAAACACCUAAUAAUCGUACAUUAAAAGAAAAUACUCCAUCAUCAUUUGUUUCACCAGGUGGAAUUUAUUGUCGAAUUGAAAAUGAAUGGAGAACUCGUCAAAAUAGUUCUCUUAAUAAUAUUAAUACUACUAUUAAUAAAAAUCGACAACGCAUUACAAUUAAAUAA